UCUGGUCUGCAUGCCUUUUCCGCCACUGUGGAUACUGCACUCACGGAGAGAAAGAAAGGCAUAUAACUGAACUAAAACACAGCCAGGAGUGUCAGUCUCUUCUUGUGUUGAUAUGGAUGAUCAGGAAAACGAUUAUGACCUGACACUCAUAGAGCUACUGCAGCAGAGCGCAUGGAUAAUGUGUAAAUAACUGCAAACGUCUGUGUGGCCGACUUUGUACAAGGUCGGAAAAGCUCCCAGAUGGUGGCUUGCCAAACUCACUGCCUCGCUCUGGGUGCUGGCAAUACGGAGAGAAAAUCAGAGAGUCAGUGUGUGAGAUAAAGAUGUUGCCACAUGGGUCCCUCCUGCUGUUGCUAUGCGUGCUCCAGCUACUCUCACCCUCCUCGGCCCUGCCCUUCGAGCAGAAAGGCUUCUGGGACUUUGCCUUGGACAGUAUGGACACUGGCGGGAUAAUGACGAUGAUGAGGGACGAAGAAGAAGGCUCAGCCAUAGACGAGCUCCCCCCGACGCACAUGCCCAUGUGCCCCUUCGGCUGCCAGUGUCACCUCAGAGUUGUCCAAUGUUCUGACCUCGGUCUGACUGAGGUGCCAAAGAAUAUUCCUCCGGACACCAAGUUCCUGGACCUGCAGAACAACCGUAUCACUGAGCUUAAAGAGAAUGACUUCAAAGGCCUCACUAACCUAUAUGGUCUGUCUCUGAGGAAUAACCGUAUUUCCAAAGUCCACCCCAGAACGUUCAUCCCUCUGAAGAACAUGCAGAAGCUCUACUUCUCCAAGAAUCUGCUGACAACCAUCCCCAAGAACUUGCCGGCCUCUCUGGUUGAGAUGAGGAUCCACGAGAACCGCAUCCAGCAGGUGCCAGCUGGUGCCUUCUCAGGACUGGGCAGCAUGAACUGCAUAGAGAUGGGAGCAAACCCCAUCCAGAACAGCGGUUUUGAGCCUGGAGCCUUCAAGGGACUGAAACUGAAUUAUUUGCGUAUAUCAGAGGCCAAACUGACUGGGGUGCCCAAAGAUCUCCCAGACAGUCUCAAUGAGCUUCAUCUGGACCACAACCAGAUUCAGGCUGUAGAACUGGAGGACUUGAGCCGCUACAAAAACCUGAUCAGGUUGGGCCUUGGCUUUAACCACAUUCGCAACAUAGAGAACGGCAGUUUGUCCUACCUCCCCAGGCUGAGAGAGCUGCAUCUGGACAACAACCGCCUCAAUAGUGUUCCUAAAGGGCUCCCAGAUAUGAAAUACCUACAGGUGGUGUACCUCCAUUCCAACAACAUCAGCCAGGUGAGUGUGGAUGACUUCUGCCCUCGAGGAUUUGGGAUGAAGAGGACAUUCUAUAAUGGCAUCAGCCUGUUUGCUAACCCUGUCAACUACUGGGAGGUGCAGCCUGCAACGUUCCGCUGUGUCAGCGACCGGCUGGCCAUUCAGUUUGGCAACUACAAAAAGUAGAGACGGGGAGAGAGGGAGAUACUGAAAGAUGGAGAGAGUGAGGGGAAGGGGAUGGAGGAGAGCAGAUAAUUUAAAUAACAAAACUUGAGAGAUGGAGGGAACAGAGUUAAUAUUGAAGAAUUAUUUUCUAUUAUUAUCAUUAUUGGUUUAUUUUUUUGGAGAGAGUGUGAUUGAUGGAGAAGAUGGGAAAGAAACUGACGAAAUAGAGAGACAAAAGAAAAAUAGAAACACAUUCACAGAACCUGAAGGGAGUGGAAAGCAAAGUGCUUCCGGUACUUCAUCUGAGUUUUUGCAUUCUUGUAUUUAAGGGUUUAAAGUUGAAUGUUUUGCCAUUCGGAGUGGAUGAAACAGAGGAGACUGUCUGAGAAGAAUGUUUUUCACCAGCCGAAAUCAAUGAAAAAUGAGUACUGAAAACUUGUGAAGCAUUUCAUUCCAUUUUUUUUUUUUUUUUUUUUUUUACACAAUAGCGCUUAUUGUGACAGAUAUCAUUUUUGUUUAAUUAACAUUUUGGUUAAGAAUAUGAGUAAAAACAAAUAAA